AGGAAGAGGCACUACUGCACUUCCACAGUAGUUUUACCGUCUUGCUGUUCAUGUUAGGCUGGCGUGCUAUGUUUCAGAUUCACCAAUGUUUUUUCCCUGCAUUUAAAUACACCGCAGUGUGGCUUCAUCACCAUGACGCAGGACCGCUCCAGUCCCCAAGUACGCAGAUGCGGAGAGACGUGAAGCAGGCAGGCUCCCUGAUGUGGCCAACAACAGAGGGAUUUAUCGUUAUGUCGGGGGAAGAAGAUAUGAAAAUGUGAUUGUAAUUUUUUCUCCAAUGGAACUAUGGGAUUUAUUUUGGUUGACAAGCAGGGGCAUCAGAGUCAGCGGAUGGUUGUCUUCGGUGCCAUCUUCCUCCUCACAACACUGCUCAUCCUCUACAGCUCCAACAGCGGUAACCAGCUGUACGGUGCUGUAGGGGUAGGGAACUAUCACUAUGUGUCCAAAAACACAGACCUAAGAAGAUGGGCCACAAGAGAUGCAUACGUCCCAGUCUAUGGAAACAAGACACUCUUGCUGCGCUGUAGCCAGUGUGCCCUGGUGACCAGUUCCAGUCACAUGCUAGGCAGCGGAGUGGGUCCUGAGAUCGACCGUUCAGAGUGUGUGAUUCGUAUGAAUGACGCCCCCAUCUCUGGCUUCGAGAAAGAUGUGGGGAACCGCACCACCCUGCGUGUGGUGGCACAUUCCAGCGUGUUCCGUGUUGUACGCAGACCCACCGAGUUCCUCAACUUGUCCACAGACAUGUCCGUCAUCUUCUGGGGCCCGCCGACCAAGAUUGGGCGCGAGGCGAAGGGCACUUUGUUUAGGCUCAUCCAGAGGGUUAGCGCCACCUACAGGAAUGUCUCAUUCUACACCAUCACCCCCAGCAAGAUGAAGAAGUUUGACUCGCUGUUCCAGAGAGAAACUGGCCGAGACAGAGAGAAGUCUCGCUCCUGGCUCAGCACCGGCUGGUUCACCAUGGUGAUCGCCAUCGAGCUGUGUGACAAUAUCAAAGUCUACGGGAUGGUGCCACCCAAUUACUGCGGACGGAGGCAAUCCAAGCGCAUGCCGUACCACUACUACAAGCCUCGCGGACCGGACGAGUGUGCCAUGUACAUGCAGAACGAGAAGGGUCGUCGUGGAAACCACCACCGCUUCAUCACCGAGAAACAGGUGUUUUCACGCUGGGCAAAGCUCUUCAACAUCACCUUCUCCAUCCCCACCUGGUAAAAAAUUAAAUACGGAACCAGCGGGAUGGCAGGAUUUUUUUUGGAACACAAUCUUAAUGAAUGUCUCUGAGGGGAGAGUUACUCAAAAGAGAAAGGUACUACCAAACAGAGAUUUCACUGCAGGAGCAGGCCUUCCUCCUGCGAGUAGAGGGGU